UGGGAGAGACGCCGUUGCUGGUUUGCAGAGUUAGCAGCCCCGAUAAAUACGGGCCUGAAAGCAAGAGAUCCCGGUCUCGGUUCUCGGCCUCGCGUCACUUCGCGUGCCCGUUGCCCGUGCGUGCAUUUCUCUGAUUGGCAUCAAGUGGCAUCGGUCGCGCGGGCAUCGGUCGGCCACACUUCGUUGAGGAAUUGAUCGAGAAGGAAGAACGACCGCGUCAGGAUCAUUUCGUUCUCGAUCUCGCGCGACUUAUUGUCAAAGUGAGAGGGGCACGGAUGGUGCGGGCUUGUCCGUUUGCCAGAUCAUCGAUGAAACACGUCUGUGAUUUUUUCAUUUCCUUUCUUGUCACACGGAACUACGUGCAUCGCCGAGAUACAGUGGGAUAGGCUCUCGUAACGUUUCGAUCGUGUCUCCGUCUCGCCGAGAAGGAUUUCCUCGCCCGAUGAUAAUCGUCGUCGGAAAAGCAACUCGCGCCCGGUUUGCUCGCUUUUGCACGUGCUACCCUCGGGGAAUCGAUAUUGGGCCGCCGGCCGCCAAAACAGCCGGUUAUCGCUAAUUACGUUAUUGAGAGGACCGAGCGUCACGGGGUAAACAUCCGUGUGCCGAUAACAUACGUCGACGAGCAUCAUUUGUUUCGAGGUAUUAUCGUGAAUAUACUCGUUCCCGUCGGAAUUCCCACUCGAUCUUCAUCACAUCGAAUGCAGUACACACGGGGAGAUCGGCGGGAAGAAAAGAUAAUAAGAAUUCCGAAAUAUAUACGUCUGACGAAAAUAACAGUCGACCGAUAACACGAGAGACAAGGGAAAGAGAGAGAGAGAGAGAGAGAGAGAGAGAGGGGAGUGAGAAAGAAAUUGAUUCGUAUAUAGUGUAUAAAGUGUCCUGUUCUAUUUCCUUCCUUUCCCCUCCCGUCCCUUCUAAUCUUGUCAAAUGGUCGAGAGCAAGCAUCACCGGCGAACGAUGGAGGACAACGUACCGGGAAACUCGAGCGCCGUCCUCGAGGAGAUCUUUUACGUGACGUCGAGGAAAAACACAUAUUACAAAGUCCGGCUAACGGAGAAGGGCCUGAGUCUGCACAAGGAGCACAACGGCACCGCCAAGACCGAGACUAUCGCUCUCGGAGACAUAAUCGGAUGCAGGUGUAUGCGCUCGAAGCGCAGGAACGCGGGAAGCUGCGUCUGCCGACCGGGCGCGUCCAAGUCGCAACUCAAGCUGGUCGAAUCCGGCGAGAUUCACCAGCAGCAACAGUACGACGAGAACGACACCUCGGCCUAUCUCUACAUAUACGCGUACACGCUGAAAAAGAUGCGGAUGAAGGGCGCGAUGAGACGCGAACGCAUGACCAUCACUCUGCGCUUCCGUAGUUUUGACAAGUACGAGGACAACUUGCGCGAGGCCAGCAGGUGGCGGCUGGCGAUUAAAUGUCUAGUCGCCAACGUGCCGGUGCCCAAGAAUCUGAUGAGCCCCAGCCACGGCAAUCUGGAAACAUUGAUAGGGGCAUGUCCGGGGGAGAAUCGGAAACUUUUGGUCUUGUUGAAUCCGAAGUCAGGACCCGGCAGGGGCAGGGAAACCUUCCAGAAGAGGAUCCAUCCGAUUCUAUCGGAGGCGGAGAGAUCCUACGAGAUUCACAUCACCAAGUGUCCCAAUUAUGCCCGCGAGUUCGUACGCACGAGAGAUAUCUAUCAGUGGUCCGGCUUGCUGAUGGUCGGCGGCGAUGGGAUCGUCUUCGAAGUGGUAAACGGACUCUUUCAGAGGCCCGAUUGGGAGAAGGCUUUACGUGAAUUACCCCUCGGAGUAAUACCAUGCGGUUCCGGCAACGGAUUAGCCAAGUCCAUCGCUUAUGCUAAAGAAGAACCGUACGAUCGUAAUCCCUUGCUUAUCAGCGCGUUAUCGGCGGUCAAGUGCAAGAGAACACCGAUGGACCUCGUACGUAUAGAGACUAGGAAUCAGAUUCUUUUCUCAUUUUUAUCGGUGGGUUGGGGUCUGCUGGCCGAUAUUGACAUCGAGAGUGAACGAUUGCGCGCCAUCGGAGGCCAAAGAUUCACCGUAUGGAGCUUGGCACGUCUAAUAGGACUAAGGACGUAUAAGGGCAAAGUAUCAUAUCUACCCUGCAACAAGGUUUCCCCGUUAGAAAACGGUAAAAUAUAUUGCAAGGACUAUCCUACGGAGAAUAUAUUGUCGCAUUCGAGAAGUUACGGCGAUGAAUUGGACAGGUAUUGUACUACACCAGAAUCAAAGAGCUACUACGAUGCCUUCGGUGAAUCAUCCAUAAACGAAUUAAAUGAUGAUAACGAUGUGAUAACUGAGAAUUUGGCUCUUGAGACACAAAUCGAUAGAAGAAACAGACUAGGCAGCUUUUAUUCCGCUGUAUCGGCGAAAUCAACCUACUUUAGCACAGGCUCGGCUAAUUCGAGUUAUCACAGCAUUGGCGAGAAUGAUAGCACGGAGAUUGAUACGGAAAACAUUUGUAAGAACCAAAUUAUGUAUGGACCACCGUCUACGCUUCCAGCGUUGACUACACAACUCUCAGAUUCCUGGACAACGGUGCAAGGAGAAUUCGUAAUGGUACAUGCGGCCUAUCAAACGCAUUUGGGACAGGAUUAUUUUUUUGCACCACGUGCUAGGCUGGCAGACGGAGUUAUUUGGCUUUUAAUAGUUAAAGCCGGUAUCACACGGUCUAACUUGGUUCAAUUUUUACUAGGCCUAAGUAGCGGGACUCAUGUGACUUGUCCUGGUGUUGAUAUGAUACCGGUAAAGGCAUUCCGGAUAGAACCUAUAGAAGGAACGAAUGGACACAUAGCCGUAGACGGCGAGGAAGUUGAUUACGGACCGUUGCAAGCAGAAAUAUUCCCUUCUCUAGCAUCGGUGAUGACACCUUGACAUAAACAGUAAUUAUAUACAUAUAUAUCUAUACAAGUGAUCGGUCGGCAACAAAAUCAAAUCUUCUUCUUCAGGUAUAAUUUAUUAAAUGAGGGAUUCUAGCUUGGAGUAAAUUAGUUACGAUAGUAUAUAAUCUGAUUGUCAAUAUGUAUUAAUAUGAAUAUAGCUUUUAAGAUAUCUAGGAUUGUAUACUUUUAAAUUGACAAUCUAUGUAGGCUAUUUAAAAUGAAUAAUGAAUAAUCAUCUUGUAAUAUGCUCACAAAGAAAAGUUGUUUUUGCCAUCUUCAUAAUGAAGAUGCAGUAUUAAUAAAUAUAUAUACAAAAAUUAUUUAUAUCAACUCCUAAGGGUUGAAUGGGUUAAUGCUGUUACAUCCUAGUGGAUACAUUUAGCUAUUUUGUAAAGUUUUCUAUCAGUUUGUACAGUGUAAUCUAUAUAUGCAAUAGAGGGUCUUUUCUUUAUAAUUAAACUGACAAUGGGUUGAACUAGUUGCACAAGAUCAGAGUUUAUCUUUUUCUCUCGACAUAUGAAGGAGGAAGAUAAACUCUAAACUGAAGCCAGUUCAACUCAGUUCAGCUAUGAAGAACGGAUCCAUAGUGAUAUUGUUUGUGCUCACUAUUGUAAAUUAUAUACUGUAAGAUAUAUUAUGUAUUACUAUAUUAAAUUAAUUAAUAACAUGUAUUUUUUACGAAUUGAAUCUUUUGCGGUUUGAUGCAUCAGAAAAUUAUUUGUUUCAAAAUUUUAUUCCGUUCGCUUGUGUUUUCGCAUUAAAUUUUUUAAUGCAUAAUAAAAUGAUUGCAUUUUUUGAUUAUUGUAUACGCCGCAUAAAUGAAAGAGUAUUCUAAUGAUAAGUAAUAUGCCAAUACAGUCAGAUUGAAGCUAUGUGCUUAUCUCAUUUCUUCGUAACGUAUUUAAAAUAUUUAAUAUAUGCGUGACUAAAAUUAUAAGUUAUAAAAUUAUUAUCAAUAAUAUCCAUAUCAUAUUUAAAAUGUUGAAAAAAUGUUAAGAUUAUUUAAUUAUCAAUUUUAGUUAUAUAAAUUUCUUCUGAUUGUUACGUUGUUUAUCUGUGUUAUUAUUGUAUAUAUUUGGUAAAAAAUACAGUUACGAUUGAAA